CUCACCAACCUCUUCAUCACCUCGCUGGCAUGUGCCGACCUGGUGAUGGGGCUGCUGGUGGUGCCCUUCGGGGCCACGCUGGUGGUGCGGGGCACCUGGCUUUGGGGAUCUUUCCUCUGCGAGUGCUGGACCUCCCUGGACGUGCUCUGUGUGACGGCCAGCAUCGAGACCUUGUGUGUCAUCGCCAUCGACCGCUACCUGGCCAUCACCUCGCCUUUCCGCUACCAGAGCCUCAUGACCAAGGGUCGGGCCAAGGGCAUCAUCUGCACCGUCUGGGCCAUCUCUGCCCUCGUUUCCUUCUUGCCCAUCAUGAUGCACUGGUGGAGGGAUGAGGACCCCCAGGCACUGGAGUGCUACCAGGACCCUGGCUGCUGCGACUUUGUCACCAACAGGGCUUACGCCAUCGCCUCGUCCAUCAUUUCUUUCUACAUCCCGCUCCUCAUCAUGAUCUUUGUGUACCUCCGGGUGUACAGAGAGGCCAAGGAGCAGAUCAGGAAGAUUGAUAGGUGCGAGGGCCGGUUCUACGCCAGCAAGCGAAAGACCUCCCGCAUCAUGGCCAUGAAGGAGCAGAAAGCCCUCAAGACUUUGGGCAUCAUCAUGGGGGUGUUCACCCUCUGCUGGCUCCCUUUCUUCCUGGUGAACAUCGUCAACGUCUUCAACAGGGAGCUGGUGCCGGACUGGCUCUUCGUUUUCUUCAACUGGCUGGGCUACGCCAACUCCGCUUUCAACCCCAUCAUCUACUGCCGCAGCCCCGACUUCCGUAAGGCCUUCAAGAGGCUGCUCUGCUGCCCCCGGAAAGCUGACCGGCGGCUGCAUGCUGGCGGUGGGGAGCUGGCCCGGCUGCCCGGGGACUUCAUCAGCACC